UCCGCUUAUUAGCAUUUAAUUAAUAUCGCGCAUUUUACAAAAAGACGAGGAUGCCGCGGCCGAGAACGACUCCGUGGAAAGAUCCCGCGUCCGGCGACGAAUCUUCUCACGUUUUUCUUCGUCUUCCCCGUAAAAUUCGUGCGAUUCGGGGAUAACGGUUUCACGAGCUAUCAUCAAGUGGGCCUAAACAGCGAGGCCAAUGCUAGGCGUAUCGCGAUGGUCGAAAACUGCUUUGGCAGUUCGGGACAGCCACUCGCGGUACCUGGCCGAGUUUUGGUGGGAGAAGGUGUCCUGACGAAGAUGUGCAGGAAGAAACCCAAACCCAGGCAAUUCUUUCUGUUCAACGAUAUACUGGUCUAUGGAAAUAUCGUGAUUAAUAAGAAAAAAUAUAACAAGCAACAUAUAAUACCACUGGAAGAGGUAAAAUUAGAGUCUCUAGCUGAUGAGGGUCAAUAUCGUAAUGGGUGGCUCAUUAAAACAGUAACAAAGUCGUUUGCUGUUUAUGCUGCUACUGCAACAGAGAAGCAAGAAUGGAUGGCACAUAUCACAAAAUGUAUUGAAGAUUUAUUAAGAAAAAGUGGCAAAAAGCCUGUCGAAAUUCACGCAGCAGUCUGGGUACCAGAUAAUGAAGCUAUAAUUUGCAUGCACUGCAAUAAGACACAGUUCACAGUAUUAAACAGACGGCAUCACUGUAGGCAAUGCGGAGCGGUAGUUUGCGGUCCCUGCAGUAAUAAAAAAUUAUUGUUACCUGGACAGGGGAAUGGAAAGGCCGUCAGAGUUUGUUUACAAUGUUACGAUGCCGCUAGUAAAAUCAAAGCUAUACCCACAACCACUGUGAAUAGCUUAAAUAACAAAGAUCAGCAACGUAAUUCCGCUGAUAGCUCGGGAGGGGAUAGCUCUGGAGAUGACGAUGAGGGAAACAAGGAAGAAAAUCAUGAUGAGCCUAAAUUUUAUUCGACGCUCGGCCGAUGAAGAUGAUUAUACAUCACAUCAAACAAUAUCAGAAAAAUAUAAAAAUUUUAUAAAAGGAUAUUUUUUAAAAAAGCGCCAAUGAUAUUAAACUAUUACACAGUUCAAAGAAAAGAACCAAGAAAAAAGAUAAUCAUUCCUUAUAAUUUUUAUGCACACACAAUACAAUUUCAUAAAUGCUCUAUUGCAUUACAAUUUUAAUUAAUUUAAGGUCAAAAUUGUAAAAAAGAAUAGACUACUUUAAUUGCUUUUACAUUAGAUCUGUAUUUAGUAAAUUGAGAACAUAAGUUUGAAUAAAUAAUUGAAAAAUG